GAUUGCCCCCCAUUCUUCUAGAUUCUGGGUGAUCUAAAAGAUUUAUAUCCUAAACCGCAAGAGACAUGUUUCUUCUCAUUCAAUGUCUUCCCGCUUAUUUAAUAUUUCCAAAUCGGUAGACCUAGUUGGUUUCUUUGAAGCUGUUAGUCAGGCAAUCUACUGGGCACUCCAACUGCGGGGUCCUCACGGUCUUCUCAGCUGCCUCAGCCUCGGUCCGGAGAGGACCCGGCGCCGAAUCACUGACAGGCCCAGGUGUCGGGAAAAUGAUCCACAGUCUAUUUCUCAUAAACUGCUCCGGUGACAUAUUUCUAGAGAAACACUGGAAGAGUGUUGUGAGCCAAUCUGUCUGUGAUUAUUUCUUUGAAGCUCAAGAGAAAGCUGCUGACGUUGAAAAUGUACCACCUGUCAUUUCAACACCUCACCACUACCUCAUCAGUAUCUAUCGGGAUAAGCUCUUCUUUGUGUCUGUCAUACAGACUGAAGUGCCACCUCUCUUUGUAAUUGAGUUCCUACAUCGAGUUGCUGACACUUUUCAGGACUACUUUGGUGAGUGUUCGGAGGCUGCAAUUAAGGAUAAUGUGGUCAUAGUAUAUGAGCUCUUGGAAGAAAUGUUAGACAAUGGAUUUCCACUGGCUACUGAAUCCAACAUUUUGAAAGAACUGAUUAAACCACCAACAAUUCUACGUUCUGUCGUCAACUCUAUUACAGGCAGUAGUAAUGUUGGGGACACACUCCCCACUGGGCAGCUGUCCAACAUCCCAUGGCGCCGAGCAGGGGUAAAGUACACAAAUAAUGAAGCCUAUUUCGAUGUCGUUGAAGAAAUAGAUGCAAUUAUAGAUAAAUCAGGAUCUACAGUCUUUGCAGAAAUUCAGGGGGUCAUUGAUGCUUGCAUUAAACUAUCUGGAAUGCCUGACCUUUCCCUUUCUUUCAUGAACCCAAGGCUUCUAGAUGAUGUCAGCUUCCACCCCUGCAUCCGGUUCAAGCGUUGGGAAUCUGAAAGAGUUUUGUCAUUUAUUCCUCCAGAUGGGAAUUUCCGACUCAUAUCAUAUCGUGUCAGCUCACAAAAUCUAGUGGCAAUACCAGUGUAUGUGAAACAUAGCAUCAGCUUUAAGGAGAACAGUUCCUGUGGCAGAUUUGAUAUAACAAUUGGACCAAAGCAGAAUAUGGGAAAAACUAUUGAAGGAAUCACAGUGACAGUUCACAUGCCAAAAGUUGUGCUGAAUAUGAACCUGACACCAACACAAGGCAGCUAUACAUUUGAUCCAGUUACCAAGGUACUAACAUGGGAUGUGGGCAAAAUUACUCCACAAAAGCUCCCAAGUCUUAAAGGACUGGUAAAUUUACAGUCUGGAGCACCCAAGCCAGAAGAGAAUCCAAGUCUCAACAUACAGUUCAAGAUCCAGCAGCUUGCGAUUUCAGGCUUAAAAGUAAACCGCUUGGACAUGUAUGGGGAGAAAUAUAAGCCAUUUAAAGGAGUCAAAUAUGUCACAAAAGCUGGAAAGUUCCAAGUGAGGACAUGAGAAGAGGCCAGCAUUCCUCAAGACCUGUUUGUUUUCCAAGUGUCAUUACAGUUUAUUACUAUUAGGUACCAAGUGGGUGGGAAUACAUAUUCUAGUUAAAGCCUAUGUGUCGAGCUGCACACCGCUAACAAAGUUGCUUAGUAAUCAGUGUAGGGUUCUUAAGGAGCAUUAAGCUCAGGUAACUUUUGAAUGACUUAGCUUAUUUUGUAUCUUUUCACUUAGGAAGAUUUGGGAGGUGAUUCCCUCCCUAGGAGGACACCAGCUGGGGGCUGCACAUGUUAACAGUAAAGGCAGAAGGCCACAGUGAUAACCCUCUCCAGAAACAAGCCAGCAGGAGCUGUCUUAAUCUGUAAUGUGAUGUGUCAGGUGCAGCCAAAUAUCCACCUGAUCUUAGCCAUCCCAAAUCCGUGUCUGUCCCAACAGAGGAAAUUUUCCCCACCCCGAGAAGUUUACAAAAAACUGCCUCUUCAAGUGUUUGCCUUACUCAGCUUUUCACUUGUGCCAUUAAGCAAGCACUGUAGCAAAAGCCACUUCCACAUGGCCCUGGCCAGGAGCACUGCUCCGUGCCCCAUUCUCACUGUACUUGGUAUUGUAUUUUUUAUAAAUAAGAUUUUUAUGUAAAGCUCCAAUUUUGAUUUACAGGGACCUUGCUGCAGUAAGUACCAUCUCAGUUUUGUGCCAUUGGUUCAGCUGUUAGCACAGUAAAAAUCAUUUGUAUCAAAGGGGCAAAUGCUUUAAGGUAAUAAAAGGGAACACUACUGCUUUUUGGAAGUUACAGCAAGUACAAGCAUUUGAGAUUUUAAGCAAAUUAAACGACUGAGAGAAACUUAA